AACACGUUGCUGCUAUGAACGAGCCGAGAGGAGCGACUGCCUGCGUGAGAGGCAGAAGUGGGGCCAAUCGCAGCUCCGGAGCCGCCGAGUGACGCCGGGAGCCCUGCCUCUGAAACUUUUGUUAUUUUUUCCCUCCAGCCGACUUCAAUUGUUCCCAUAACUCGGUCACACGCUGGAACUGCAGAGUUCCCACAGCCCAGGGCAGGCUAUCGCACAGCUCACAAGGAAUCACCAGCAGAGGUGGGUGACAGCGUCAUGGAGGAUUAACAAGCAAGCUCCACAAAGAUUGUCUAAAACAAAAAGAGAAGAUACUAGGCACUUUGCACUGUUCCUGACAACUUCUCUUCUUUCCUGCACUUCUAAAACCUCUGACUUGUGCCCUCUGCUUUCUUGCUGCCAUGGAGAAGGUCCAAUAUAUAACCCGCUCUGCUCUGAGGAGAGCCUCAACUAUUGAGGUCAACCCACAAGCACGCCAAAGGCUCCAGGAGCUCUUUGUGAAUUUCUGCCUGAUUUUAAUUUGCCUCUUGCUGAUCUGCAUCAUUGUGAUGCUCCUCUGAAGCUGCAGCACUUCUCUGCACUGUCCGCUAGCAAAGUCACCCCCAAGGGAAGAGACCGGCACCAGAAACUCCCAAUGCAAGGAUCCUCUUGCGAGAGGAGCUAGCGCUCGGACUAAAGUCAUAUGCCAACCACCACACCAUUCUCUUACUACCCACUAUAUAUAUUAAAAACCCACUUUUGUGCAGAUCAGUGUUGAGUGCCUAUGGUUACAAAGCUGUGCAUGACCUGUCUUGGUCAAGAGAUACCUUUUCUGAAUGUUGUAAAGUACUGCCUUUUCCACCAGGCUGGCAAGCUCCCUCACGUUUUAGCCAGAUCAACUGUACACACAAACAGCAACUUCACUCUUUUGGGCUUAAGUGAUUUUAAGUUUCUCUAAAAAUUUUCUAAACUAUAAGACAUGUUUUAAAUUAGGCCCACGUCCACCUGAAAAAAAAGAAAAAGAAAAACAUCUACACACACAGAUUUGAAUACAUUACAGAAAUUUUCCAUUCUGCUUACUUCAAGACACUGCAUCUUUGCACCAUGAACUGAAGUUACUCAAAAUAUUUCAGUAUUUUUAAAAGAAUCUAAGAAAAAAAGUCUUCUCACCUAGAAAUAGAGUAUGACAUAACUUCUCUUCUCCCUCUUUAAGGCUUCUGAACAAAAAAACAAAACAAACAAAAAAAAAAGACAGCUUCAACUACAUAAUUUUCCAUAGUUCCACUUUCACUAGAUACAGCCUAACAGAACAAAAUGAUGCCUGGAAAGAUCUUUCACAAUGUAUUUGUAGAAAAAAAAAAUAAUGGAACUACUAAAUGGGUUUCCAAGUUUUCAUUUGCUAUGAUCACUUAACUAGUAUAACAGUUGGCAGAACUGAAAACCCAAGAAGUGCUCCAAGUUCUCAAUAUGUGGCUUUAGGCAACUUUAGCAUGGUCUGCUAUAAUUUAUGCAAAAUUUCCAUAGUUUUAAACUACAGAAAAUUUGUUACUUGUCAAUGCCACUCAAGGUGACUUGUAUUUGAUACGGUUAAGAAAAAGGCUUGAGUUGCUAUUUUGAGGAAAGUUACCUCAUACAAGUAACACCACUACCCUCAACUGCAGAUGCCUGUUAAAGAACAGACAAGCAUUUUGCUAAAAUAAAUAGUCCGUAUCAUUAUGUACAGGAGGGAAAGCACUGCAGAAAAAAUUUAUUCCAGUCUGUAAAUCAGAGUAUAUAUAAGCUUUCUACUCCUGCAGUUUUCAGUAACAAGACUGAAACACUAGACUUCCAGAGCUCAGAACUGUAACAUUUUCAAACUUAAAGAAAGCUCAAAAAAUCAACAUGCAGAGGUCAAAUGGAUACCUAUUUUUAAUGGCAUCUUUCUAUACCACCCUAUGCAACCAACCCUAGUGAUAAAUACAGGAAGUCAAAACAAGUUUAUCUUGAAUUCUGCCUUAUAAGACCUAACAUACAGCACUUCAAAACAUAAAACAUAUUUGAAUCUUGAAUUCACCACUGAAGAUCACACUAGACACUUGACAUCAUCCUGUCAUCAUCAUACUCCUAUCUUUACUACAGAAAUUUUUUGCAUGCCUGCUUUCACCCUUUUGCGUGAAAAAAUAUAGUUAUCAACAAAUCCUUAUUCUAAGCAAAACAGCUACAAUUCCUGCCAAGGAAAAGAAUCAUCUGUUAUUCCUUUAUACAUAAAAAACUAUUCUCCUCUUGGUCUAUUUAGUGACCCUAUACUAAAUUUAUUUUUAUAUGCAUAUAUACACAUACACACAUACAUAUACAUUAUUGUGAAAUGAUGAGGGUAUGAGUAUUUAUGUGAAUACUGCUAAUUAGAACUGUCAUUACAAAUUUCAGCUUCCAUUUCAUGCGUUCUAACUGCUUUCUCAAAUGCAGGAGACUUUAGUAAGCAUAUUUUCCCUAUUAAGUUUUCUUUUUAAUAAUAAAAAUGGGAGGGAAACCCCCAAACAAUGUCAGAAAACUACUUAGGUGGAAAGAAGAAGUAGGAAAAUGUAAGUUACUUUCUUCUCCUUUUACAAAUCCGUAUUUUUAUGUAUGGAUAGGGUUUCCAGUUUUAGUUUGCUCUGGAGCAAUUUCAAAAAAAAAAAAAAAAAAAACUUCCACCAAAAAUACACAACAUUUUUACAGUAUUGAAAGUUUUCUGAAGAGGAAAAACGUUAAGAGUAAAUCAUCAAUACAUGCAUUCUGAGAAUAUGUUGGGAUUAUACGCUUUACAAGAAACAAUUAUAUAGACAGGUCACAGCAAAGCACGUCUAAAAUAAGCAACUUUCUUUGAAAAAAUCGAAAAGUAAUUAUUUAUUUAAAAAUAGUAAGUAAGAAGCAAACAAAACCAAGAUAUAAACAAACUGGAAGCCCUACUGUUAUUUUGCAACAAUGCAGAUCAACUGCAUGUACUGUAAGGUCAUAUUUAGAGUCCUGCUGAUAUAAAACUGCAGGUACACUCCAUGCUACAAAAUAUCAACUGAAAUACAGAUUUUAAAAAGCCUUUUUGUACAUAGUACUCUUCUUUGUAUACUUAUGAGAGCUUUAAAACUAGCAGGUACUGUAUUAUUUUGAAUAUCUUAUUUAAUGCAUUAAUGUCUCUUAAAACAAUUAUUUUAACAAAUACAGCUCAGUUUAGAAGUAUCAAUUGUAGUACAUACAUAUAAAUUAAAGUUAUGUGAAAGAACUAGUAAUCAUGAGGUUUUCUGAUUCUUUACAGCUGUUUAUUCUGUUUUGGUUUUGAACAGUAAGUUUGCAUACUUUGCUAAGUCCAAAUCAUUUAUGUAUACUUUACUUACACUUAGCUACUGCAUAUAAACAACCAGAAGAAGUUUUAUGAAAGUUUCAGCAAAAUGCUCCCUACUUUUAUGAGGCAUAAUAAAAAUUCCAAACAUAA